AUGAGCAGAAAGUCUUUCGUCAAAAUCGGGCGUGCUCACCGUGCUCCGAAGCAAUUAAAAGACAACAGGAAAAGUCCAGGACCGAUCCACGUAGCCUUCGUGAGAUACCCGGAUAAGAUGAAGAUUUUGGCGAACGCUGCAGCUAGACUUAAACAUAAUUCGUUUGAUGGAAAUUUAAUCGGAUUUGGAGUUGACUUCUCAAAAGAAACCCAAGAACGCCGAAAAGCUCUUGUUCCUUUCAAGAAACAUCUUCAAAAGAAGCUAGAAGGGAAAGAAUGUAAGGUCUUCAUCGCCUACCCUGCCACGCUAAAGUAUUUGGACUCAAAGGGCAAGGUUGAGGCGGUAAACAACGAAGAGCUGAAGAAAAUGGAAUGCGAAUGA